AAGAAAAAAUAAAGGAAGAUAGCAAAAGUAGCUCAUCAGCCGCACUUUGAUAUCUCCGCCCCUUUCAACGGACUUCUCAAAGCCCUCUCCCUCUCUGAAAACCUCAGAACUUUUUUAAAAAGACCUUCCAUUUAUAUAAUCUCCCUCUUCCACAACUCUCUCGCAUUUGCUCUACUUCUUUCUUGCAAGAUGCAUUCCUCGGCAACUCUCUCGCUCUCUCAGCCCGCAGCAGCCUCAACCAUUCCCAAAUCAAACUACACGGUUAAUCACUCCCUCCCUUUCUCCCCUUCUAAGCCCAUAAAUCUCCGUUUCUGCGGUCUUAGAAGAGAAGCAUUUUCAGGCUUCUCUUCUCUCUCUCGCUCUCAACCCCCCCAAAGUAAAAUCCAUUCUAAUAAAAUUAACAGUGCAAUCUCAGCUUCUUUAUCUGAUAAUGGAAGCGCGCCAAAGUCAUUUGAUUAUGAUUUGGUCAUUAUCGGUGCUGGUGUUGGCGGCCAUGGUGCCGCUCUUCACGCUGUUGAGAAGGGUUUGAAAACUGCUAUUAUUGAAGGAGAUGUGAUAGGGGGGACAUGUGUGAACAGAGGCUGUGUUCCUUCAAAGGCUCUUUUAGCUGUAAGUGGCCGGAUGCGUGAACUACAGAACGAGCAUCACAUGAAAGCUUUGGGUUUGCAGGUUGCAGCUGCUGGAUAUGAUAGACAAGGAGUGGCAGAUCAUGCCAAUAAUCUUGCUACAAAAAUUCGUAAUAAUUUAACGAACUCGAUGAAGGCCUUGGGUGUGGAUAUAUUGACUGGUGUUGGCUCAAUUAUGGGCCCACACAAGGUGCGAUAUGGGAAACUUGAUUCUCCAGGCGACAUAGUGACUGCUAAAGAUAUAAUCAUUGCUACUGGUUCUGUCCCUUUUGUACCCAAGGGCAUCGAAGUUGAUGGGAAGACUGUAAUCACAAGUGACCAUGCACUCAAACUGGAGUCUGUUCCCGAUUGGAUAGCAAUUGUAGGAAGUGGUUAUAUUGGUCUAGAAUUCAGUGAUGUGUAUACUGCCCUUGGAAGUGAGGUCACCUUUAUUGAAGCCCUUGAUCAGCUCAUGCCUGGAUUUGAUCCUGAGAUUGGAAAGUUGGCUCAAAGGGUCCUAAUUAAUCCACGCAAAAUCGACUAUCAUACUGGAGUAUUUGCAACCAAGAUCACUCCAGCUAAGAAUGGGAAACCAGUUACCAUUGAGCUCAUUGACGCCAAGACCAAGGAACCCAAAGAUACUCUAGAGGUAGAUGCAGCAUUAAUUGCAACUGGAAGGGCUCCUUUCACAGAUGGUCUUGGCUUGGACAGUGUCCAUGUAGAAAGGAAACGUGGUUUUGUUCCUGUUGAUGAGAGGAUGCGUGUCCUAGAUUUUAAGGGGGAUCCGGUUCCUCACUUGUAUUGCAUUGGUGAUGCUAAUGGUAAAAUGAUGCUUGCUCAUGCGGCCAGUGCACAAGGAAUUUCAGUGAUUGAACAAAUCACUGGAAGGGAUCACGUGCUAAAUCAUUUGAGCAUUCCGGCAGCUUGUUUCACUCACCCUGAAAUCAGUAUGGUUGGAUUGACAGAGCCUCAAGCAAGGGAGAAAGCUGAAAAGGAGGGUUUUGAAGUAAGUGUUGCCAAGACAAGUUUCAAGGCCAACACAAAGGCCUUGGCAGAAAAUGAAGGAGAGGGGCUAGCUAAGUUGAUAUAUAGACCCGACAAUGGAGAGAUACUUGGCGUGCAUAUUUUUGGGUUGCAUGCCGCAGAUCUCAUCCAUGAAGCAUCCAAUGCUAUAGCUUUGGGCACGCGUAUUCAGGACAUAAAAUUUGCAGUUCAUGCACACCCAACACUAUCAGAAGUUAUUGACGAACUUUUCAAAUCAGCAAAGGUUAAAGCUCAUGUUUCAGGCCCAGUAAGUGAACCAGUUGCUGUCUAAGCAUCUCGACUGUGGAGGUAUUAAGACGACAGACCGUCAGACCCCCAAGAAACAUUUCCAUCACGAGUAGGGCCAUUGGCACCCCUUUGUGCCUCUUAGCACAGGUUUUUCUCUUAUGAUGACUGAACUAUCAUUGAAAUUAUAACAAAUAAAAAGAUUUAGAUGGCAGUGCUUGAUUCUCCUCCAGCAAACCCAUCUAAACGCAUCUGUUUCUCAAUGACUUGGCCUCGUUCAUUAUCGGCGCUAGGUCUGUGUAGUUGCUGCAGCGCUGCUCUCACUUCCCACCUCCUUCAAAACUUAUGCUUUUCGAAACAGGGUCUGUGUAUAUAAAUCUGUACUGUGAUAAAGAUCUCAAUUCGCUCCCUGGGCUGAUUGGGAUGCCUUAGUAAGGUACCGUUUUCUUCUCCAAAGCUGCUGGAUUGCCCGUUACAUGUUCGAUAAUUUGCCCAUGUAUAACCUAGUUUGCUUACAAAAGUCCUACUUUUGAUCAAGCAAAUCCUCUCCUAAAAAUUAAAUAAAUAUAUAUAUUAGUGUUUAUAUUUGAUA